AUGGCGAUGACGCCAGAGAGCGAUUUGGGUUCGGCGCGUAUCCGCUCCGUCGGUCCCAAGGGCGUGUCACACCAGGAGCUUUUGAUUCUUAGCGCAGCAUCCUUCCGAGGUGGGUUCUCCAGCACGUUAUUCAAAAUACAGUUUUACCACCAACAAACAGGAACAAUCGCCAAUCCACCAUCUUGGUUCAUCUGUCUUGUCACCCUCGUCAUGGCGUCAUCCCUUCCCGCUGCUAAGCAGCAGCUGAGAAGUCUCAUGAAGCAGAAGCUGUCCAAGAUCACCCAGGACUCCAUCACAACUCAGAGUCGCUGUAUUUUCGAGACCUUGAAAGAGUUUCAGCCUUACAAGGAUGCUCGGCGCGUCAGCAUCUAUCUGGCUAUGCCGGCGGCUGAGGUCCAGACAGAUGCUAUUGUGCGCCAUGCCUUAUCUGCUGGCAAGCAGGUCUUUGUUCCUUACUUACACAAGUCGCCCUUUCAAACACCGGACACUCCAGCUCGGGUAAUGGACAUGGUUCACCUAAAAGACGUCCAGGACUAUGAGAGCCUAAAGUUGGAUAAGUGGGGGAUUCCCAGCGUUGACCCAGCUACUGUUGAUGCGAGAAGACGUAUACUGGGUGGUUCAGACGUCCAGAAUUCCGAGCCCGCAAUUCUAGACUUCAUGGUUGUGCCUGGAGUCGCAUUCGAUUUUGACCAGUCAGGGUCAAUUCGACGCCUUGGCCACGGCAAGGGCUUUUAUGAUUUCUUUAUCAACAGAUACAUGGCCAAGCUCGAAACAAAGGGCAUAGCGCACGAGAACCCGCUACAUUUGUAUGGCUUGGCUUUGACAGAACAGAUGGUGCCUGCUACGUCGGAGCUUCAGAUUCCCACAGACACUCACGAUCGUAGACUCAAUGGCCUUAUUCUUGGAAACGGCGAGAUCAACGCCGGUGUACAUGAAGCCUCUACUUCGCGAUAUCCACGACAAGAUUUAUAA